AUGGCGGCUGGUCCGGGUCAAAUCCAAGCUUUCUUUAUAUUGUGGACGAAUAUUAGGUUUGAAGGCAAGGUGGCAAUUAUUACUGGUGGUGCAAGUGGGAUUGGAGCAGGCUGUGUGCACCUGUUUUGGGAAAAUGGUGCCAAGGUUGUCAUUGCUGAUAUUCAAGAUGAUCUUGGCAAAGCCAUUGCCAAUAAGCUUGGUGAAAAUGUAUGCUACAUCCACUGUGAUGUCACAAAUGAAGAACAUGUACACAACCUCAUUGACACCACUGUUGCUAAAUUUGGAGGACUCGACAUAAUGUACAACAAUGCAGGGAUAGUAGACCGUCCAUUUGGAAGCAUUUUGGAUAGCGAGAAGUCAGACCUAGAGUGUGUCCUCAGUGUUAACGUUGUUGGUUCUUUCCUUGGAGCCAAACAUGCUGCACGGGUCAUGGUACCACGUCGUAAAGGCUGCAUACUAUUCACAUCCAGUUCUUGUGCAUCAAUUGCAGGCAAUGCCACUAUUUCCUAUGCUGUGUCAAAGCAUGGAGUCGUGGGACUCUGUAAAAACUUGGCAGCCGAGCUUGGGCAGUAUGGUAUCAGAGUAAAUUGUGUCUCGCCUGCUGGUGUGGUGACAGGCGCGACAUUUGGUGUCCCACCGGAGCAAGUCGAAGCAAGUUUGGCUGCCAUGGCAAAUCUGAAAGGGAAAAUUCUCAAGGUCGAGGAUGUCGCAAAAGCUGCAUUAUUCUUGGCUAGUGAUGAGGCAGGUUACAUAAGUGGGCUUGACCUUGUUGUAGAUGGAGGGUACAGUGUUGUGAAUCCUACCUUGAUGAAGGCUGUGGGCUUACUUCAAUGAUCAGGAAAGCUGAAUAUUUGAUCUGAAUAAUGAUUGUCUAAGUGGUAGUAGGCCAUGGCCAAAAUUCGAGUUAUUAGUGUCUGUCAGUAGUAUGUGAACAGAUACACACGUGUUCAAUAAUUUGAAUUGUUGAGGUUAUCUUUAGAUGGAUUUUGAUUUUCAUACUUAUCCUAGAGGAAGAUCAAAGUACCAUUGGCCUAAUUCCUACAAUAAUUUGAAUGAAAGUUAACAAGAG